GACUCAACGCACCAUCCGACAAACAGUGUCCCUCAACAAGUGGUUUGCUCUUGCCUGAUCCUCACCUCGUUGCCCUCGUUCUAGAACGCAUAUCAAUCCACAAGUAUUUGAACGAGUAGUGCACUGGCACUGAGAUCGCACUGUCGUGCAGAACUUGAAGCAGUGGCAGUACAUCAUGGCGAACUCCGAGUCUGCAAUAGCCAAAUUGCAGCAAGAACUGGAUCUCGGGGGUGAACCGCUGGACGAGGACACAGGAUCCCAGCGUUGCCCUCACAAUCUUGGUAACCUCCGCUGUUCGCGAAGGGAAUGCGCAUCCUACGCUUGAACAGCUGGUUCAAGCGAUCCAGAAAUCCGAUCUCGCAGCUUCACUGGAACCUCUAACCAUGCUUCCGCUUCUUAUUCCUUGUCCGGAGAACGGUGCCGAUGAGUUCAUACGACUUAUUAGCCGAGAGUGCAGUGCCAAAGAAGCUAUCAUGGCUACGCAAGAAAUCUUGGAACACUUGGAGAUGGACCAAGAGUCGGAUGAAGCUGCUGACGACGAGCUGUGGCUAGUUCGUCAACUUGUUCGGGUCUUGGCCGUAUACUCACUAGCCAUACCACGUUUGCCUAGGCGAAAGAAGUCACCGGCGCAGCAAAUCCAGCCUCUGCUAGCCGAGCUUCAGUCAGUAAUGUCUGGAUCUAUGCAUAGCGCUGGCGGCUCCAUAGGCCGUAAGGUCCUCGACUCGACACGUCAAUUCAUGGAGGAGAUCACGCGAUGGGUCAACCUCGACGUCAGGAUUGACGCGGAAGAGCGAAAGGAUAUUGCAGAUGUCUUACUUCCGUUUGUCAUCUCGACCCUCGAGUUGUGCUCGAACAGCACGAAUGGCUCUCUUGCGCAACACGCCUUCGAGCUGCAAUAUCCGCGAUUAGUGAUCCCCUCACGCGACAAGGAUGCGACGGUAGAGGAAGAUAUCAUAGGUGCCAUCUGGGCAGCCAUGACAACCGUCGGAUUGACAGUUCAGAACUGCAUCACCCAGCCCUCACUGGGAACCUUAAUGCUCCUAGCGCACUCGCCAAACUACACAUUCAACACGCAAGUCCUGACUUCGUUCUUCCCUGUAAUCCUCAUGUCCCUUCAGGCGAACAUGGCUCUAGACGAGGUGCUGUCAGUGCUCAUCAACGCCAUUGUCCCUCUUGUCUCGCAAGCUCCGCGUUACGAAUUCCCUCCGGACCUUAUUGUCCCACUUGCGCACGUCCUGCCCCCUCUAGCUAGCGUCCACCCGGAUCCCGGUAUACGCCACUACACGUUCCGCGUCCUUUCCGCUGCACUCGCACUUUCGACUUCUGCCGUCCGGGUACAACUCCUGCAAGGCCUUCUGACAGACUCAGACUCGUCGCCACAAAUGCGCAUAGCUGCCAUCGGUCUGGUGAAGGAAGCGCUGCUCGAAGCGCUCGCAACACCACCAGGAUCCGCCGAGACUCAGAGGAACAUGUUCGCGUCACCAGCGUUCCUGAAAGCCUUUGGACCUAUCAUCUUGCGUCCAGACCCACCCGAUUUGUUCACACCUGGGAAUACAUUGGAGCCAGAUGAGUUCCUCGACACCAAAGAACCCUUGAGGCUAGUCGAAUGUUUAUCCUUAUACUACGUUCUUCUCUUGAGAGACGUCCGAAAUCGGACUGGGAUCCGAGACAAGGACAACUUGCGAAAUGCCGUGCGCACGCUGGUGGAUCCCCUGAAGGCCCAGUUGAGCCGAUGGGCUGACGAUAGUGCAACAGCUGAUGGACAUGGCCAUGAUUCUGGUAUGCAGUUGGCGAUAUUGGAUAUGUGGCUGGACCGUGUACGUAGCUCGGUCGAAGAUAUACAGCAGCAAUAGGUCGAUGUACUUUGGAUGUACUCGUCUGAAUAUGGCUUUGGCGCCAGCAUAUCGCGAAAGUCUUCGUAUGCUCCGUUAUAUGCCACUGAAACGCCCAUGAAAUCGGAAACCCCGUAACUUGUAUGACGCCUGUACACGGAGCCCAUGAUCCCCGGAAACCUAAUACCGUACCAUCAGGAAAGCAGCCUGCGC